UGAGCACACGAGGGAAGUGGGAAGCGAAAGAAGGGAUCUAGUUCAAGCGAGGCUCCGGGAGCGCUCGAGGGGGGGGAAAAGGGGAAGAAGGGAAAAAAAAAAAAAAAAAGGCACAAUGGACGCAUUUGUGUUGUGACAUUCCGAGCGGAGCCUUGCAAAAAUUUAAAAAAAAAUAAAAUAAAUUAAAAAAUAAAUCCGAAAAACGCGCGGCGGGAAGAAGGCACGGACGGCGCCGGAGGAAAGAAAUCGCAAGUAGUGUGUAUUUCUCAUCACUUGUACUCUAAGAGGCGAGAAGAGACCCAUUCAAGAGAAUGAGUGAACUGGAACAAUUACGGCAGGAGGCAGAACAGCUCCGGAAUCAAAUCAGAGAUGCAAGAAAAGCAUGUAGCGACACAACUCUUGCUCAGAUCACCACAAGUCUUGACUCCGUGGGUCGAAUCCAGAUGCGUACAAGGCGUACCUUGAGAGGUCAUUUAGCCAAAAUUUAUGCUAUGCAUUGGGGAUCUGAUUCAAGGUUACUAGUGAGUGCUUCCCAAGAUGGAAAAUUAAUUAUUUGGGAUAGUUAUACAACAAACAAGAUGCAUGCUAUUCCUUUGCGGUCUUCCUGGGUAAUGACCUGUGCGUAUGCACCAUCUGGCAAUUAUGUCGCUUGCGGUGGAUUAGACAACAUCUGUUCUAUCUACAAUCUGAAGACCCGGGAGGGCAACGUACGAGUGAGCAGAGAACUCCCCGGCCAUACUGGGUACUUGUCCUGCUGUCGCUUUCUAGACGAUAACCAAAUUAUUACGAGUUCUGGAGACACUACCUGUGCUCUGUGGGAUAUCGAGACGGGCCAACAGAUGACUGCCUUUACUGGGCAUACCGGUGAUGUCAUGAGUCUGUCUCUAAGCCCAGACAUGAGCACUUUUGUUUCGGGUGCCUGCGAUGCCUCCUCCAAGCUCUGGGACAUCCGAGAUGGGAUGUGCAGGCAGUCGUUCAUGGGACACGUGUCUGACAUUAAUGCAGUUUGUUUCUUCCCAAGCGGCCAUGCCUUUGCCACUGGUUCAGAUGAUGCCACCUGUCGACUCUUUGAUCUUCGUGCAGACCAGGAGCUCAUGUUGUAUUCUCAUGACAACAUCAUCUGCGGGAUUACUUCUGUAGCUUUCUCAAAGAGCGGACGUCUCUUUUUGGCGGGCUACGACGAUUUCAACUGCAAUGUUUGGGAUACCCUGAAGGGUGAACGUGCAGGUGUUCUCGCUGGUCACGACAACCGAGUCAGCUGCUUAGGAGUGACUGACGACGGCAUGGCUGUAGCUACAGGAUCUUGGGACAGUUUUCUCAGAAUCUGGAAUUAACGUGGCGUUUGAACCCCUCCCCUCCACCAAUAGACACGCACACCUUCUCCACUGAGAUCUGGAGAGAGCAAUGCUGCAGCCUCUUGCUGUGAAAUAACAUUUCUACUUUGUAUUUACAGGUGAAGUUUUUCUACUUGCUGAUUAUUGCAUAAGUAGGCUUUCUGUAAAUGAAAUUAAAACAAACACACAGAAAGAACGAAGAAGUGGUAGAUGGGAGAAAUCAGUGACUUUUCUUUCAAGGAAAAAGAGAGAGAGAGAGGGCGGCACACCUGUUUGUGGUGAGCAAAGCUAAAAAUAAAAAUAAAAAUAAGCCAGUCAGUUAGCAUUUCGUUUGGCUACAUUUGCCCUGAAGGGAUUUCUGCUUGUGCCCCAGUCCUGCUAAUUCUGUACCUUUUUGUACAUAAUUGAAUAUACACAUAGCAGCCAAUCAUGUAACAUUUUGUCUGUAAGUAAAGGAACAAUGUUUGCGUUUUUUUUUUUUAAAAAGAAACUGCAUUUAUAUAGCUCUACGUUUAAACUAAGAUGUAGCUUCUGAGUUCUGCAGUGGAUCGGCUGGUCUGCUGUUAUAAUUUUCCCCCCUCUUCGUGAAUUUACUGUAGAUAAAAGUGUGAAGUUAAUGAGCUGUUUGUGAAAUUUUAUAACAGAGUGUCUGUAUAAAACAAAACAAACAAACAAAAAAAGGAAAUCCCUCGAUGACUCUUGUGACACUUUUGCCCCUUUCUUGCUCGAUGACUAUUUCUUCCCCUUAUAGUGGCAGCAGAUCCCAGAUAAUCCAUUAGAAGCUAAGGGGCUCUGAUCACCACAGAGUUAAACAGAUGAUCAGAUGCAUAAUGUAAGAACUGAAAUGUUUUUAAGGAUUUAGAUUUUGAGCUUCCUUCUAACAGCCUCUAAUGAGAUUAGGGUCAGGAAAUUGAAGGAUACGUAUUUCCUUGAGACGGUGUUUGACGGGUGUAUUUUUGUGGGGACCUGAAUAAUUGUAAUUGAGACAUUUCUCAUCUUCUGUAAACUUAUUGUCUAGCUUAAGACUGAAUGUGGGGCCGCUUCCAAUUUCUAGCAAAGGAACCUGAAUCCUCUUUGAACUGCAUCACUCCAAAUGUAUGUGGGGCAUAUUCUGAGUGCAUCCACACAUUAUAAUUCUACUUUAUAUAUUCCAGGUAGAAAAGUUUUCUCUCGUAUGAAUCUUGCAUAUGUGGGGGAAGUUGUUACUAUUGUCUCUUUAAGACCGCCAACACAGUGUUUCUCUUGAAAUCUGCACUCACUGCAUGAAGACUCUUUAAUACUGCAUUAGUAUUACCUCUUUAAAACUCUUAGCCCGGUGUUUCUCAACCGUGGCAACUUUAAGAUGUGUGGACUUCAGUUCCUAGAAACCCCCAGCCAGCUUGCUGGCUGGGGGAUUCUGAGAGUUGAAGUCCACACAUUUUAAAAUUGCCAAAGUUGAGAAAGACUACCCUGGUAUACGUCACAUCAAUUUUUUAAUGAGCUAUUUGAAACUUCAGUUAAGCCCAUCACCCACUACAAGAAGUGCAGAAUACUCAUUUUAGUAGCUGCUGUGCCAACCGAUGGGGCACAUUCACCUAGACAUUCCAGAAAAACUGAGCUGCCUUUUUAAGUUUUUGUGUUCGUUAAGUCUCGGGGAAACAUUAACAAAUGAACUUGCCUUCCCCAGUCUUCCUCUUUCCUUAAAACAGAUCUCAUUUGGAAAGACUUCUCGCCAUAGCUUGAGUCUUCUCUGGAGCAACAAGUAUUGUAGGAUCCUGCUUUAGGCUUUUUAAAUUUUUUGAGCGGAGGUCAUCUAAUAAUCAGCCAUCAGAAUUGUCCUGUUCUCAUAAAUAUACAAAUGGGUAGCUGAAAACGUGCUUUAGAAAAAUCCUCAGAAUUAGUUUUCUUGCUGUCUGUACUUGUAGCAGGUAUGAAGUGGAUCUGAUUCUUCAGAAGUAUUCAUGGAUUGGCCUAAAAUGUAGUUUCAGUUCUAUAUUAAUAGUCUGAUUUGAUGGUAAAGGAAAGACCCAAUGUUAUAUGUCCCCUAAAAUCUCCUCUGUCUGAACAUAGGUUGGUAGUUCUUGUUUGAUAUUUUCAAACAUAUUUUGCUGCAGUGCCAUUUGUUUUCUCAACUUUGACCAAUUUUUUUAUCCUAUAUUCCAGCUUUUUUUUUUUUUUUUUACUGGUGGCAAAAGUGCCAAAGCAUGUGCCAAACGCUUUGGAUGUAGGAGCUCUUAACAGUCCAUGAAUCCUCUGUUAACAUCCAGAGAGAGAGGUGUUCUUUCAAAACAAAUAUUAUACCUGUUAAGAUACAUACAUGCAGCUUUUUAUUAUCUUUGAUAUGGUCCAUUCUUUUCACAUCUGAUACCGAUGUGAUUUCACCCCAAGGGAUUUAUUAAAAAAAAAUUCUACUAUUGUAAUACAGCUCUUCAUUCUACCAUCACCUCACCCUUAGUCCACUACUUGUCUCCUUGGUGUUCAAGAUAUAUUUUGUAAGGGCCUUAAGAUUGCCUUGCAUGAGUAAGAAAAAAUUUGCCCUUUUAGGGGAAAAAUGCCCAGCCCAAAAAUAUUCACAGCAGUUAAUUGUUCGGUUUGCCAAAGAAGCUGGGAGCCAUCACACAGUCUCAGUUUUAUUACUUUAGUGCAGGGGUCUCCAACUUGGUAACUUUUAAGACCUGUGGACUUCAACUCCCAGAAUUCCCCAGCCAGCCAUGCUGGCUGGGGAAUUCUGGGAGUUGAAGUCUACAGGUCCCCCAGCUGCCAAGUUUGACCAUCCCUGCUUUAGAGUUUUGGUUAUCCUACUUCAUCAGGAAUAGUUUGUAACCAUAUAUUGGAUUUUGGGAAUAAUUCCCCUAGAAAGCAGAACAGCUUGCAUAAAUAAGAGUCCUUAGCGUUAAUUGUGGGAACUAACAGAUUUCCCAAUACGAUUUGCCAAAGUACAUUUGCCUGGAAUGCAUAAAAUGAAACAGGAGUUUGCAUGGAUGUCCUGCAAUGGGAUUGGGCCACCUUGUGGGGUCUGGAGAUGCUUUCCUGCCCUCCCAUCAUGGAGUUGGAGGAUUAACAGCUGCUGUUACAUCUGUAGAGGAAGCAGGUGUCAAAUUUCAGACUUUUUUUUUUUUGCCAGAAGUGGUUAAGGAACAAAAGUACAAAGCCUUAAAGUACUUAAGUUUCCUCCUUCACUCUCCUUCACUCUCAACCUGAUCAGGUUUGCUUUGCUGCUGUGGGUUCUUGAAGCCUCUGCAAAGUGAAGGCCCUGUUCUGAAAUCUUCGCUCCUGCCUCUUCUGCUCUCUCUAGGCUACCCAUUCCUGUCCUACAACGCAGGGUUUCCCCAACCUUGGCGAAUUUCCAGGCAUACGGAGUUCCGCCGGCAUUGCCAUGGCGGAGAAUUCUGGGACUUUGAAAUCCACUGAGCUUCAAAUUUGCCAAAAAACCCCUUGAGGGUUUUGAUUUCUGCUGUUUUUUUUCCUGCUCUUAUUUUCCUGCCUCCUGCAGAAGUUUUGUCCCCGGUGCUGACUGCGCUUUAGGAUUAAGGAGCUUGCCGUUCGUUUCCCCGUCAGGCUGAACGGCUGUAGAAUUGCCGGUUCAAGUAGCACCACCUAGGACGGAUAAUGCCCUCAAAAGACGAAUUGUACAGUUUAACUUAAGAAGUGGUGUCUCCAGCGUCCCAUUGGUGAUUCAGAAAGCACUGUAGGCCAGAGAUGUCCCAACCAUGGCAAAUUUUAAGACCCGUGGACUUGAACUCCCAGAAUUCUGGCUGGCUGGGGAAUUCUGGGAGUUCAAGUCCACGGGUCUUAAAAUUUGCCAUGGUUGGACAUUCACGCUGUAGGCUUUAUCCGAGAGUGAGCCAAGCCAGGUCAUAUAGUGCCUCACUGCAAUAGGGCUCCUUAGCUGACCAAUCUGUAUAUAACCAAUCUUCCCCUCGUAGCUAGAAUUCUUACGUCCUGCAUGAAUAACUGAGCUGUUGGAUAUUCUCGUAACUUUUCUGACUUCCUCCUUGCCCCCUUCUUAACGGCAGUUCCUCCCUUGAACAUUAUUCUUUUUUGAGGGGCGAAUGAGGUGAGACUCCUGAGUAGCAUCUGCUACAGCUGGAAGGGAAAAUACCUGCCCCUCCAGCUGUGGAUGAGACCAUCUCAUACAGACACACAGGAUUUGUUGGGGGAAAAAAAACCCCAUGCAUCCUUAUACCCUCCCUUCCCUUUUUUUAAAAAAAUUAGGCCCUCGUGCUACUCAGACUACUUCCAUAUUCGAGGCAUUGCAAGUCUUAUUUUUCUUUUCUUUCUUUCUUUUUUUUUUUUUGUUGAAAUAAAAGAUUGUGUAAAAUACAUGCAAGACUGUUAAAUGCUUAGUGGUGUUCUGGUGAGUCUGUUCACAGUGUUAACUAAAUGAUUAAUAAAUAAGAUUUUUUUUUUGGAAAAAAAAAUGUGCCUGACUUUCUUUUGAUUUUAAAUAAUAUGGGGAUUUCUUAAAAAAGAUAUUUCAGGCCUUUAUUUUUACAACACAAUGGUGCUCUCUUUGUUUCCUUCUUGCUGCAGCACAUCUCUGUGUCGAUCCCAGCCUCCUCUUCCUCCUUCCUCCAGAGGAGGAGUUGUGUCUGACUUGUUUUCAUAAAUGAACAGUCUUUGUGCUUUUGCUGUUAACAGUUUAUUCCAGGAAGUGUGCAGUAGGGUUAUUUUUAAACCUUCACUUGUUACCGUCUUCUCUUGAAGAAGAAAAAAAAAAACUUCCAAAAUAUUUCCAGGUACCAAGUGAAUUCUGCACUGCCUCUCUUGGAUUGUAUGUUGAGAACAUCUUAAAAUCCUUUUAUUCAGCCUAAUUGAUUAAACAAACAAACAAACAAAAACCAGAGAUUUGUGCCAUUUUUUUUUCUUAGUGCUAAUGGGGAGGGGAGGGAUGGACACUUGCUAUGAAUUGUUUAUAGUUCUUCCCCUAAUGAAUCUUUCCUUUGUAAUUGUACAGUGUCUCGGUGGAAAAAUGUUGCCUGACUUUAACAUUGUAACCAAUAAACAAGUGCUUUUAAUUAGGA